AUAACUAGUUUAAGGAAAUUAUUAACCAGAUGUUUAAACUAUAAUUAGUUUAAGGCAAUUAUUUUCAUACUCUUAAUUGUAGUCAGUUAAAGGAAGCAACAGAACAGCAACUACUCAUCGUCAGUAUCCUUGCUGCUCAAGAUCUCAUCCAAGAUGGCAUCAGACCAUGUAUUGGUGACGCAAAGAAGACUUGAUGAGGCAAUUCCUAUUCUGGCCACGGUAGGUAAUGACGAGUUGGCCACAACUUUGGUGGCUGAUUGUAUAAAUCGUGUAGCAGAAACCUGGGAUGUGGAUAAAUUGAAGAGACUUUUGAUCCCACAAGAUGUGGCUCAUGUCUUGAGGUUACCAAUUAAUUUGAAAAGAGCCCUUAAAGGAGAUGAGGCAAAGCCGGAGAAAAUGAGUGACAAUGAUUGGCAUGAGUUGUGCGAGAAGUGUGUCAGUACCAUCCGAUUGUGCAUUGCAGACUCUGUCGUUAAUUGUGUUAUUGACGAGGAGUCUCCGGCGGCGAUAUGGGAGAAGUUGGAAAAGCUGUACAUGGCGAAAAGCUUGACCAACAAGCUUCUUUUGAAGAGGCGGUUGUAUCGGUUGCGGAUGGAGGAUGAGGACACCUUGGUUGGACACAUGAAUGUGUUCAACGGUUUAAUAGACGAGUUGAAAUGGGUUGAUGUUAAAAUCAGUGAAGAGGAUCAGGCAUUGCUUCUCCUUAAUUCUCUCCCGGAUUCCUAUGAGAUUUAUGUGGAUACAAUAUUGUGCGGGAAGGACACGAUUACCUUGGAGCAGGCACAAUCAGCAUUAUUGUCAUUUGAUGCAAGGAGGAAAGACAAAGCUGGGGUACAGAGUGACGAUGCAGUCGCGGCGAUUGCUCAUGGUGGUGGGAGAGGUCGUUCGUCUAUUAGGGACUACAAAUCAAAGCACGGAAGGUCCAAGUCCCAGAACGCACCUAAGAAUGAGGUGCGUUAUUACAAGUGUGGCGAGCUCGGGCAUAUUAGGAGGGAUUGUCCUAAGAAGCGUGAGGGGAAAAAUGAUGCCAACUUGGUUCGAGAUGGAGAGACUGGUAGUUCUCUCGGAAAUGAAAGUGACGAGUUGUUCAUGGUCGCUAACAGUUAUGAUGAAGCUUCCGGCAAUGAUUGGGUGCUUGAUUCUGCAUGUGUGAGUCACAUGUGUUCAAGGAAGGAACAUUUAAAGACACUUCAGGAAGGCAUGACUAAGAUUUUGAGGUUAGCGGAUAACUCGACGGUGGCGGUCAUGGGUGUUGGAGUGGUGAAAAUGAAAAUGUUCGAUGGGGUAGUGAGGACUUUGGGUAAUGUGGCGUAUGUUCCCAAGUUGCGGCGGAAUCUCAUCUCACUUAGUCAAUUGGACUCCGAGGGGUACGAGUACAAGGCUCGCAGGGGAGUGGUUAGAGUGACUAAGGGUAGCACAGUUGUGAUCAAGGGGGAGCUAGAUCAUGGUUUGUAUCGUAUGGUGGGUCAUACGGCUAAAAAUGGCUUAGAUCAUAAAAGUAGUCGUCGUGUCUCAUUUGGUGUGGCAAUCUUAGGUAAAGGGGGUGAUCCCGCGGCUUGCAAUUCUUUACAGGAGUUGCUUCAGCUUCGAUGCCCCUCCUGGAGCUGCAUUUGGUGUCUUGGAUAUGUUGGGCCAUCUGGAAGUCGUGCAACACUAUUGUGUAGGAGUUUAAAGUGCCGAUGCCCAACUCGACAAAGCAGCUUAUUAUGGGAAUGGAGUCUCAAUGGGCUAGUAAAAAUGAAGGAUUUUGAUAGCAAGUGUGUUCCUCCCGUCGUGAGGUGGGAUAACCACUUUUCAUUCAGUUGUGCUCUCUCUAAUCCUAGAGGUGUGUUUGUGGCGGGGCUGAGUGGGAGGAGGCAGGGGGUUCAAAACUCACUUUUUGCGGAAGCUUUGCAUGUAUUGCGAAAAGGCUAUAGCUGGCUGAGGGAUCGAGGAGACUUUGGUCUGUGCACUUAAUAAUCAAAGGAAGGGGCUAUCGUGGCUCAUUUUAUCUUGGUUCUAUCGUGGAAGCAUGUAUGGAUAUGACACUAACCUUUUCUCAUUUAUCUUUUCACUUUAUUCGUAGAGAAUUGAACAUUGUAGCCCACACUUUGGCUAGAUGUUGUGAUGUUCAAUCCCAUUUGUUGGGAUCGUGUUCCGCCAAAUUGUAUUGCUCAUUUGAUCUCAUAUGAAAGAUAAUCUCUUUUUCUUUCAAAAAAAAGGUGAGCCAAUU